AUGGGCACAUCAGCGGAGGAAGUUGCUGCCCAAGAGGCGGCACCGAUGCCAGCGGAGCACCCCUUUGAAGACAACUCAUCUGAAUCGUAUUCCGACGGCGGACUGCAGGCGUGGCUUGUGGUCUUAGGGUCAUGGUGCGCUGCUCUCCCUUCUUUCGGCCUCAUGAAUACCACUGGUGUUUUCGCGGACUGGAUUGCGACGCACCAACUGAGCGAGUACUCCCACUCCGCUGUUUCAUGGAUUUUCAGCGUCCAUAUUUUCUUCUUGUUGAUUGGUGGUGUUCAGAUCGGGCCUGUAUUUGAUCGUUACGGGCCGAAGCAUCUCCUUGUCCUAGGCACCAUCGGGCUCACAGCUGCUGUUAUGAUCCUUAGUGUCUCGAAAGAAUACUACCAAUUCAUGCUCGGCUUCGGCGUCCUCGGCGGCAUCUCCGCAUCCAUGCUCUUCACCCCCAGCGUCUCUGUCGUAACCCACUGGUUCUGCAAACGCCGCGCCCUUGCAACAGGAAUCGUCGCAACAGCCGGAAGUAUCGGCGGGAUUAUCUUCCCCCAGAUCUUCAACGCGCUCGCACCGAAAGCCGGGUUCGGCUGGGCAAUUCGCACUCUCGCCUUCAUCACCCUGGUCUUCUGUAGCACAGGUUCUCUACUCCAGAAAUCACGCCUAAAGCACAACAAGGCGAGUCGGAAAACCAUCGACUUGAGAGUCCUCCGUGAGAUACCCUUUGCCCUUACUACAACAGCGAUAGUUUUCGCCGACAUCGGCGCCCUGAUCCCUGUCACGUACCUAACGUCAUACGCACGCGCAAACUCAAUGACGAUUCAGCAAUCCUACACACUGAUGUCCAUCCUCAAUGCAACCUCUAUCCUCGGCCGAUUAAUGCCCGCCUACGCAGCAGACCGAUACGGCCGCUUCAACGCAAUGGUCGUGACAACCUGCAUCUCAGCAAUAAUCACCGUCUCACUCUGGCUGAAGAGCGGGUCCAACCACGCAGCGAUAAUUAGCUACGCUGCACUAUUCGGGUUCUGGAGCGGCUCGGCGAUUGGCCUGAGUCCUGUCUGUGUGGCGCAGAUUUCGAAGAUAGAAGAUUUUGGGAAGAGGUAUGGUACCGCUUAUACGUUCGUAAGUGUGGGAGUACUUGUUGCGCUGCCGAUCGCAGGGCAAAUACUUAAGGCACAGACGCAUGAUGGAACAGAGGAGUAUUGGGGAUUGAUUUUAUUUUGCGGGGUGGCUUAUGGGGUUUCGGCGGGCUUCUUUGUGUUGGCGAAAGUUUUCAAGACUGGGUGGAAGGUCAGGAGCGUUUUCUAG